GUGAGUGUGAUUAAUCUCCCUGGAAAAAUCUCCUACUUGAACAUUACCUUACCUAAUGUAAUUUGCUUGUAUGCACCUCAUGAGCUCAGGAUUGACAAAGCCAAACCAGAUUCAUGCCAAGCCCUGCGAAGUCUUCGACCUUCUGUCAAUAUGAUAGUGGCUCAAAAUGAUUCAAAAUCAGUCCAUUCUUGCCCUCCAGAUAGGAUACCGCUAACCGAGGAUCAAUUUAUUCAACUGGAGAUUGAGUGCUUCUCUCGUCCGAUUAUAAACUCAGAAUUAGAGGCAAAUCAGAGCGAUCUUCAAUUACGUCCUGAGUUUAAAGUAGGAGGCUGCAAUGACUCGUUUACGAAGAGGACUUUCUUAUCAUGUUCUUCUAAAAAUUCAAAUUCUCCCAAUUGUACGAUCAAUAGAGCUAUUUUACCAGCUUCUCGUGUACAUCAAGAGACAGGAAUCCGCUUGCUCUCCAGCAGAGAUGCAACUUGCAUAAAUGAUAUAAUUCCAAUAUCCGGGCGAAAGAAAGAGCCAAAUUCUGUAACACUAAGUGGACUAAAACGAAGACUACCUGAAUCAAAAUCUACUCCACAAUCCUUUGAUUCUCUUCUUCGUGCUUCCCAUACUCAACGGCUUUCCUCCUAUGGCCUUGGCCAUCUCCUUAACCAAUCUUCAGACUCCGUUAUGACAUCUCCAUUGACACGCACAUUAGGCUCUCUGUGUAGGAAAGCAUUCCUACAGACAAAUAUUUUGGACCAUUCCCCUGUUGCCGCUGGAUCAAAGUCUUGUGAAUUGAGCAAUUUUUUUGACACCUCAGAUAUCCAGUGUUCGAAGGACACUAACGCCUCACGUCAAUUGAAUUCUCAUUCAUACAACUCGAUUCAAUUUUUAAAUUCGGAUCGAUCUUCAAUUAUUCAGCUCUGCCAAUCUAACGAAAUUUUUCAGAGUAUGCUCAAUGAUGUAUUAGUUCAUGAUGGGGAUAUGGACGCUAGAAGGCGGGGCUAA